ACAGUUAGCCUCUGGCUGGCCCAGCCCAGGCCACGGAUCCCGAGUGGAGAGCACGAGCACCGCUGGGCUCGCUUGCAAGCUCCUGGGCGGGGCGCCCCGGCCUCUCAAGGAUGGCCGAGCGAGGGUUACCCCUGCGAGCAGGACCCAAGGGUGAGAGGCCCCAUUGCGGAGGGAUGGGUGCGCCCUCUCCGAAGCCCUCCAGGCCCUGCCCCGAAGCCAUCCAGUGUCCACCCCUUCUUCUUCAGGAAAUAAUUGGUAAGAAGACCUGUGUAGCCAUGGCUAGUUCCGACGUGAAACCAAAAUCAAUAAGUCGUGCCAAAAAAUGGUCAGAAGAGAUAGAAAAUCUGUACAGAUUUCAACAAGCAGGAUAUCGAGAUGAAAUUGAAUAUAAACAAGUGAAGCAAGUUUCUAUGGUAGAUCGUUGGCCAGAGACAGGAUAUGUGAAGAAGCUUCAGAGAAGGGACAAUACUUUCUAUUACUACAACAAACAGAGGGAGUGCGACGACAAGGAAGUCCACAAAGUGAAAAUUUAUGCUUACUAGCCUUUCUUGUCAGUAUUACUUGCCAUGAUCUUUUUUAAAAAUCCGUUGUUUCAUUUGACAUCAUGUAAGUGUCAUUUUACAAAAUAGUCCCAAGUUCAGA